CGCGCGCCGCCGUCACUAUCCGCUGCGGAGCGAACGGCGUGAGGCAGGGGCCGCGGCGGCGCAUCUUUUUCCUCAGCAGCCCUCAGCGCGGCGACCCACGCCCCUCACCCCCAGGAGCCGAGUCCACAUUCCUUCAACAUGUUGUCAUCGUUUCGUAAACGCAGAGCUCAGAAAAUGGAUCCAAGUGGGGUCAAAGUGCUGGAAACAGCCGAAGACAUCCAGGAGAGACGACAGCAGGUCCUGGAUCGGUACCACCGCUUCAAGGAGCUCUCUACCUUGCGGCGGCAGAAGCUGGAGGAUUCCUAUCGCUUCCAGUUUUUUCAAAGAGAUGCUGAGGAGCUGGAGAAGUGGAUUCAGGAGAAGCUUCAAGUUGCAUCUGAUGAGAACUACAAAGAUCCAACCAACUUGCAGGGAAAGCUGCAGAAGCACCAAGCCUUUGAAGCUGAAGUACAGGCUAACUCAGGAGCCAUUGUGAAGCUGGACGAGACAGGAAACUUGAUGAUUUCUGAAGGGCACUUUGCAUCUGAAACCAUCCGGACACGUUUAAUGGAGCUGCACCGGCAGUGGGAGCUGCUUUUGGAGAAGAUGCGGGAGAAAGGAAUCAAACUGCUGCAGGCACAGAAGCUGGUGCAGUAUUUGCGGGAGUGUGAGGAUGUAAUGGACUGGAUCAAUGACAAGGAAGCAAUUGUGACCUCUGAGGAGCUGGGCCAGGACCUGGAGCAUGUAGAGGUGCUACAGAAGAAGUUUGAAGAGUUCCAGACUGAUCUGGCUGCUCAUGAAGAAAGAGUUAAUGAAGUGAGCCAGUUUGCUGCCAAACUCAUCCAGGAGCAGCACCCGGAAGAGGAGCUGAUUAAGACCAAGCAGGAUGAGGUGAAUGCAGCAUGGCAGCGACUGAAAGGCCUGGCUCUUCAAAGGCAGGGGAAGCUGUUCGGUGCUGCUGAGGUCCAGCGCUUUAACAGGGAUGUAGAUGAGACCAUUGGUUGGAUUAAGGAGAAAGAGCAGUUAAUGGCCUCUGAUGACUUCGGCAGAGACUUAGCAAGUGUUCAAGCUUUGCUUCGAAAGCACGAGGGUCUGGAGAGAGAUCUUGCUGCUCUAGAGGACAAGGUGAAAGCCCUGUGUGCUGAGGCUGACCGCCUGCAACAGUCACACCCUCUGAGUGCCAGCCAGAUCCAGGUGAAGCGAGAGGAGCUGAUUACCAACUGGGAACAGAUCCGAACUCUGGCAGCAGAGAGACAUGCACGGCUUGAUGACUCAUACAGGCUUCAGCGCUUUCUUGCUGACUUCCGUGACCUCACAAGCUGGGUAACUGAAAUGAAAGCCCUCAUCAAUGCAGAUGAACUGGCCAAUGAUGUGGCUGGUGCUGAAGCCCUGCUGGACAGGCAUCAAGAGCACAAGGGUGAGAUCGACGCUCAUGAAGAUAGCUUUAAGUCUGCAGAUGAGUCUGGGCAAGCUCUGCUUGCGGCUAGUCACUAUGCCUCAGAUGAAGUGAGGGAGAAGCUGAGCGUCCUCUCAGAGGAAAGAACUGCCCUGCUGGAGCUGUGGGAGCUUCGGAGGCAGCAGUAUGAGCAGUGCAUGGACUUGCAGCUCUUCUACCGUGACACUGAGCAGGUGGACAACUGGAUGAGCAAGCAGGAGGCAUUCCUGCUAAAUGAAGACUUGGGAGACUCCUUAGACAGUGUGGAAGCUCUUUUGAAGAAGCAUGAGGACUUUGAAAAAUCUCUCAGUGCCCAGGAAGAAAAAAUCACAGCCCUUGAUGAAUUUGCAACCAAACUCAUCCAAAAUAACCACUACGCAAUGGAAGAUGUAGCGACUCGACGAGAUGCUCUCCUGAACCGCCGAAAUGCCCUUCAUGAGCGAGCCAUGCAUCGCCGGGCACAGCUGGCUGAUUCCUUCCAUCUGCAGCAGUUCUUCCGUGAUUCUGAUGAGCUCAAAAGUUGGGUCAACGAGAAGAUGAAAACGGCCACCGAUGAAGCUUAUAAAGAUCCAUCCAACCUGCAAGGGAAAGUCCAAAAGCAUCAGGCUUUUGAGGCUGAGCUUUCAGCAAACCAGAGCCGGAUUGAUGCCCUAGAGAAAGCUGGGCAAAAGCUAAUAGAUGUCAACCACUAUGCCAAGGAAGAAGUAGCAGCUCGUAUGAAUGAGGUCAUCAGUUUGUGGAAGAAACUUCUAGAGGCCACAGAACUGAAAGGAAUAAAGCUCCGAGAAGCCAACCAGCAGCAACAAUUUAAUCGAAAUGUUGAAGACAUUGAAUUGUGGCUGUAUGAAGUUGAAGGUCAUUUGGCUUCAGAUGAUUAUGGUAAAGACCUCACUAAUGUCCAGAACCUCCAGAAGAAGCAUGCUCUGCUAGAGGCGGAUGUGGCUGCUCACCAGGAUCGAAUUGAUGGCAUCACAAUUCAGGCCCGCCAGUUCCAAGAUGCUGGCCAUUUUGAUGCUGAAAACAUUAAGAAGAAGCAAGAGGCCCUUGUGGCUCGCUAUGAGGCCCUUAAGGAACCCAUGGUGGCCCGGAAGCAGAAGCUGGCAGAUUCUCUUCGUCUGCAGCAGCUCUUCCGGGAUGUGGAGGACGAAGAAACCUGGAUUCGAGAAAAGGAGCCUAUUGCUGCAUCCACUAACAGAGGGAAAGAUCUUAUCGGAGUCCAGAAUCUGCUAAAGAAACACCAAGCUUUGCAAGCAGAGAUUGCUGGGCAUGAACCUCGCAUCAAAGCAGUGACACAAAAGGGAAAUGCCAUGGUGGAGGAAGGCCAUUUUGCUGCAGAGGAUGUGAAGGCCAAACUGAGUGAGCUCAACCAGAAGUGGGAGGCUCUGAAAGCCAAAGCCUCCCAGCGGAGGCAGGAUCUAGAGGACUCGCUGCAGGCCCAGCAGUACUUUGCCGAUGCCAAUGAGGCUGAGUCCUGGAUGCGGGAGAAGGAGCCCAUUGUGGGCAGUACGGACUAUGGGAAGGAUGAAGACUCUGCUGAGGCUCUACUAAAGAAGCAUGAAGCUUUGAUGUCCGAUCUCAGCGCCUACGGCAGCAGCAUCCAGGCUCUGCGAGAGCAGGCCCAGUCAUGCCGGCAACAAGUGGCCCCCAUGGAUGAUGAGACUGGGAAGGAGCUAGUCUUGGCUCUCUAUGACUAUCAAGAGAAGAGUCCUCGUGAGGUCACCAUGAAGAAAGGGGAUAUCCUCACCUUGCUCAACAGCACAAACAAGGAUUGGUGGAAAGUGGAAGUGAAUGACCGGCAGGGUUUCGUGCCAGCUGCAUAUGUGAAGAAGCUGGACCCCGCCCAGUCAGCCUCGAGGGAGAACCUCCUGGAAGAGCAGGGCAGCAUUGCUCUGCGGCAGGGGCAAAUUGACAACCAGACACGCAUAACUAAGGAGGCCGGCAGUGUAUCUCUGCGUAUGAAACAGGUGGAAGAACUAUAUCAGUCUCUGCUGGAACUGGGUGAGAAGAGAAAAGGCAUGUUGGAGAAGAGUUGCAAGAAGUUCAUGUUGUUCCGGGAAGCAAACGAGUUACAGCAGUGGAUCAAUGAGAAGGAGGCUGCUCUAACGAAUGAGGAGGUUGGCGCUGACUUGGAGCAGGUUGAGGUGCUGCAGAAGAAGUUUGAUGACUUCCAGAAGGACCUGAAAGCCAAUGAGUCUCGGCUGAAGGACAUUAACAAAGUAGCGGAAGACCUGGAGUCUGAAGGUCUGAUGGCAGAGGAAGUGCAGGCUGUGCAGCAGCAGGAGGUGUAUGGUGCGAUGCCCAGGGAUGAAGCAGAUUCCAAGACAGCCUCCCCAUGGAAGUCUGCUCGACUGAUGGUCCACACAGUGGCUACCUUCAACUCCAUCAAGGAGCUGAAUGAGCGUUGGCGGUCCCUGCAACAGCUGGCUGAGGAACGUAGCCAGCUCUUGGGCAGUGCACACGAAGUACAGAGGUUUCACAGAGAUGCUGAUGAAACCAAAGAAUGGAUCGAAGAGAAGAAUCAGGCUCUGAACACAGACAACUAUGGCCAUGAUUUAGCUAGUGUCCAGGCCCUUCAGCGCAAACAUGAAGGCUUUGAGAGGGACCUUGCAGCUCUUGGUGACAAGGUGAAUUCCCUUGGAGAAACAGCCCAAAGGCUGAUCCAGUCCCACCCUGAAUCUGCAGAGGACUUAAAGGAAAAGUGCACAGAGUUAAACCAGGCCUGGACCAGCCUAGGGAAGCGUGCAGACCAGCGCAAGGCCAAAUUGGGUGACUCCCAUGAUCUGCAGCGCUUCCUUAGCGAUUUCCGGGACCUCAUGUCUUGGAUCAAUGGAAUACGAGGGUUGGUAUCUUCAGAUGAACUAGCCAAGGACGUCACUGGAGCUGAGGCUUUGCUGGAGCGACACCAGGAACACCGGACAGAAAUUGAUGCCAGGGCUGGCACUUUCCAGGCAUUUGAGCAGUUUGGGCAGCAGCUGUUAGCUCACGGGCACUAUGCCAGCCCGGAGAUCAAAGAGAAACUUGAUAUUCUUGACCAGGAGCGCACAGACCUGGAGAAGGCCUGGGUCCAGCGCAGGAUGAUGCUGGACCACUGCCUGGAGUUGCAGCUGUUCCAUCGGGACUGUGAACAAGCAGAAAACUGGAUGGCUGCCCGGGAGGCCUUCCUAAACACAGAAGACAAAGGAGACUCGCUGGACAGCGUGGAGGCACUGAUCAAAAAACAUGAAGACUUUGACAAAGCUAUCAAUGUCCAGGAGGAAAAGAUAGCUGCCCUGCAGGCCUUUGCCGACCAGCUCAUUGCCGUUGACCACUAUGCCAAGGGAGACAUUGCAAACCGACGCAAUGAGGUCCUUGACCGGUGGCGCCGCCUAAAAGCCCAGAUGAUUGAGAAAAGGUCAAAACUGGGAGAAUCUCAAACACUUCAGCAGUUCAGCCGGGAUGUGGAUGAGAUUGAAGCCUGGAUCAGUGAGAAGUUACAGACAGCCAGCGAUGAGUCAUACAAGGACCCCACCAACAUCCAGCUUUCCAAGCUGUUGAGCAAGCACCAGAAGCACCAAGCCUUUGAGGCAGAACUGCACGCCAAUGCUGACCGAAUCCGUGGAGUUAUUGACAUGGGCAACUCCCUCAUUGAGCGUGGGGCCUGUGCUGGCAGUGAGGAUGCUGUCAAGGCCCGCCUGGCUGCCCUUGCAGACCAGUGGCAGUUCCUGGUGCAGAAGUCAGCUGAGAAGAGCCAGAAGCUAAAAGAGGCAAAUAAGCAGCAGAACUUCAACACUGGGAUCAAAGACUUUGACUUCUGGCUCUCUGAGGUAACGUCAGGUGGUUCUUGCUCCCCACGAUCAGGGAAUGAUCGCCUGAAGGACCUGAACAGCCAGGCUGACAGCCUGAUGACUAGCAGUGCCUUCGACACCUCCCAAGUGAAAGAGAAGCGGGACACCAUCAAUGGACGCUUCCAGAAGAUCAAGAGCAUGGCCACCUCCCGAAGAGCGAAACUGAGCGAGUCCCACCGCCUGCACCAGUUCUUCCGGGACAUGGAUGACGAGGAGUCCUGGAUCAAGGAGAAGAAGUUGUUAGUGAGCUCUGAGGACUAUGGCAGAGACCUCACUGGUGUUCAGAAUCUGAGGAAGAAACACAAGCGGCUAGAAGCUGAACUGGCUGCACAUGAACCGGCCAUUCAGGGUGUCCUGGACACUGGGAAGAAGCUGUCUGAUGACAACACCAUCGGGCAGGAGGAGAUCCAGCAACGGCUUGCACAGUUUGUGGAGCACUGGAAGGAGCUAAAGCAGCUGGCAGCUGCGCGGGGCCAGCGGCUAGAGGAGUCCUUGGAGUAUCAGCAGUUUGUAGCCAAUGUGGAAGAGGAGGAGGCUUGGAUCAAUGAGAAGAUGACUCUGGUGGCCAGCGAAGACUAUGGAGACACUCUUGCUGCCAUCCAGGGCUUACUGAAGAAACACGAAGCUUUUGAGACAGACUUCACUGUCCACAAGGAUCGGGUGAAUGAUGUCUGUACUAAUGGACAAGACCUCAUUAAAAAGAACAAUCACCAUGAAGAGAACAUCUCUUCAAAGAUGAAGGGUCUGAAUGGAAAGGUGUCUGAUCUGGAGAAAGCAGCAGCUCAGAGGAAAGCAAAGCUGGAUGAGAACUCAGCCUUCCUUCAGUUCAACUGGAAGGCUGACGUGGUAGAGUCCUGGAUUGGUGAAAAGGAGAACAGCUUGAAAACAGAUGACUAUGGCCGAGAUCUGUCUUCUGUCCAAACUCUGCUCACAAAACAGGAGACAUUUGAUGCUGGCCUGCAGGCCUUCCAGCAGGAGGGUAUUGCCAAUAUCACUGCCCUCAAAGACCAGCUGCUAGCUGCCAAGCACAUUCAGUCUAAGGCCAUCGAGGCCCGACAUGCCUCCCUCAUGAAGAGAUGGACCCAGCUGUUGGCCAAUUCAGCUACCCGGAAGAAGAAGUUGCUGGAGGCCCAGAGUCAUUUCCGUAAGGUAGAAGACCUCUUCCUGACCUUUGCCAAAAAGGCAUCGGCUUUCAAUAGCUGGUUUGAGAAUGCAGAAGAAGACCUCACAGACCCAGUGCGCUGCAACUCUCUGGAAGAAAUCAAAGCCCUUCGAGAGGCUCACGAUGCCUUCCGCUCAUCCCUCAGCUCUGCACAGGCCGACUUCAACCAGCUAGCCGAGCUGGACCGCCAGAUCAAGAGUUUCCGGGUGGCCUCCAACCCCUACACCUGGUUCACAAUGGAGGCCCUGGAAGAGACCUGGAGAAACCUCCAGAAGAUCAUUAAGGAACGAGAACUGGAGCUGCAGAAGGAGCAGCGGCGGCAGGAGGAGAAUGACAAGCUGCGCCAAGAAUUUGCCCAGCAUGCCAACGCCUUCCACCAGUGGAUCCAGGAAACAAGAACGUAUCUCCUCGACGGCAUAGCAUAUCGUCGGGUCAUUCGUGUCUGUCAGUAUGAAGUUGGGGAUGAUCUGUCUGGAAGGUCCUGCAUGGUCGAAGAGUCGGGAACUCUGGAAUCUCAGCUUGAAGCUACCAAACGCAAGCACCAGGAGAUUCGAGCCAUGAGAAGUCAGCUGAAGAAGAUCGAGGACCUGGGGGCUGCCAUGGAGGAAGCCCUCAUCCUGGACAACAAGUACACGGAGCACAGCACUGUGGGCCUGGCCCAGCAGUGGGACCAGUUAGACCAGCUGGGCAUGCGCAUGCAGCACAACCUGGAGCAGCAGAUCCAGGCCAGGAACACAACAGGAGUGACUGAGGAGGCCCUCAAGGAAUUCAGCAUGAUGUUCAAACACUUCGACAAGGACAAGUCUGGCCGGCUGAACCAUCAGGAGUUCAAAUCCUGUCUUCGUUCCCUGGGCUAUGAUCUGCCAAUGGUUGAGGAAGGAGAGCCUGAUCCUGAGUUUGAGGCAAUUCUGGACACUGUUGAUCCCAACAGGGAUGGCCAUGUCUCCCUGCAAGAAUACAUGGCUUUCAUGAUCAGCCGCGAAACGGAGAAUGUCAAGUCCAGUGAAGAGAUCGAGAGCGCUUUCCGGGCCCUCAGCUCUGAGGGCAAGCCUUAUGUGACCAAGGAGGAGCUCUACCAGAACCUGACCCGUGAACAAGCUGACUAUUGUGUCUCCCACAUGAAGCCCUAUGUGGAUGGCAAGGGCCGAGAACUUCCAACUGCCUUCGACUACGUCGAGUUCACCCGCUCACUCUUUGUGAAUUGAUCAAUCCUCUUGACUUGUAGGCAAGCCUGUCCUACACUGCUUGCCCUGCUAUCUCUAUCUAUCUAUCUAUCACCUUUGCUGCAUGUCACUUCCUCUGCUUUCGAGGAGAAUAGUCCAGACAGUGUUACUUUCCAGUGUAACCAUAGCCUGCUUAGCUUGGGGUAAGACUUAGUAGAAAAUGGUGCUUCAACAAACCGCUUCCAGUCACAAUCACCAUGCUGUUGUGGGACCCAGACCCAUGUUUGAGCCAGCUGCCCUCAUUCCCACUUAAAUCAAAGCAGCUGGCUCAGCUCCCUUCUCCUCUUCCCAAAUCCUGUUUUCAUGUAAAAGAAAUAAAGGACUCAUUUCCCCCCUA